CUGGAUGGGCCCCUCCUCGGACUGUAUAAAUAACAGUUAGACCGGACAAACGGAUCCCUCUUUUUCUUCAGCGUAACACAGCACUGUCUUAAGAGCGAAUAUGUUUUUCUAGCGGUACCGUUCGUGCCCGUCUUGUCAGUCAGAUCUACGAGGGAUGCCUGGGCCCCCAGCACCCCCGACCUCGCCCUGACGCCUCGGCCCUCUUGCCGUUCCUGUGCUCUCCUCCCGCUGGAGGAGAGGAGAAGGUGGCUAGCCUUUUUUAAGGCUGGCGUUCGGUGGGGCGAAAGGCCCACGGAGUCCGGUCGCUGCUCGUGGGCAGAUGCUAGCUACGCUGAGCGGGAAUCAGAUGAUUCCGCCGGCAGAGAGGACGACAGCAAAAGCAGUAGCGGUUCGGAUGGUGGAAAAGAGGCGGCUGAGCGGAUGCUGACUCAACCCCGCUCCCCGCUGUGGGCUCACUCCUCCUCGAGCUACCUAGCUUGAUCGAGGAGGCGGCUAGCGCUAAGGGGCUUCCCGUCCCCCAACCUCCCCCGCCACAGUUCGGCUCCGCCCCGAGUCGCCAUCCGGUCCCCAUCUGGCCUCAGUUUCCCGCCGUAAUGGCCUACAGAACUGAGGCAGUGGCCUCAGUGUUUCCUCCACUAAUGCGCCUGUCUCCAGGGUGGAGGGGUUCACACAGCUGAGUUUUCUCUCUAUCCCCCCUCUGGAUACCGGCCUCGCUUAGUGUUUGGGGCCAGGACAUCAGAAUUAGUCCAACGGCCUGUGCCAGCUUCUAAGCACAUCAGCUGAUUACCAGGUUCUCUGACUGGGCCCACCAGUGUGCCUAUCAGAUAACGGCUGCCACCAAUAAUGCCCUUAGUUGGUAUGUGUCAUUGACAUGCUGAAAAGGUUGUUGGUACCACCAGGGAGAGAACUAAAACAUGCAGGAGGCUGGCCCUCCAGGACCGACUUUGGACACCCCUGGUAUAUGGCAUCUCUGAGUGGGUAGAGGAAGCUGCCUUACCAGAGGAGCUGAUGAACUCUCUCUGCAAGGUGGCUGACGCCAUACUCAAUCUUUGCGCCUCCUCAGCGAUUUGUUCUUCUCAAGUUCCUGUCUUUUAAAACUGCACUGCUGUUGGUCCUCAUGUCUGCAAAAGAGAGAGCGAUUUAUCCGCACUCUCUGUUGCUCCCUCUUGUCUCAGAAUACGAGGCGACGGCAGCUCAGCUGCGCUGCGUCCCAACCCUGCUUUUACUCCUAAAAGCAUCACAAGCUCGUUCAGAUCGAGGGAUGUAGGAAGAAGCUGCAUCUCGCACUCUCUUGUUAUGUAACCCACCAACGAUAGCCUAUACUCAUAGCAUCUGGGGUUACAAUAUGUUACCAACGUUUUGUAUCUUGCAAAUCUAUCCUUUAAUGUUAGGAUUUUACUUUUGUUGCCGAAGUUUAAAGCCAUGCUAGUAACCAAGAGGUUUAGAAAUUAUGCUGAAUAUCAUUAGCUCUGGGUGUUUAUUUGAUGCAACAUCUCACUGUAAAUUUGUAAGAAAUGUUUCUUUUAAUUUUACCAAACAUUUUACUGCGCUGUCACACCCCGACAAGUCAAGCACAAUACACACCAACCAUCUGUCAUACCACCAAACACACACAACUAUCCUAAUAAAACCUAUUACAUUAAACAAUGCAUACUGGCUGUUGUUAAUAGUCUAAAAUAGAACUAUUCAUUUUCUUACACCUUUGUCACUAAUGGGGUCGGAAGGGGUGCUGGUGCCUAUCUCCAGAGAGGUGGGGUACAGCCUGGACAGUCUGUCACAAAUACAUAUACAAAUAUUGGCAGCAAUUUGGGAAUCAGAGAUAAAGUUUGUAAUGGAUGAACAUGGAUGUUGGACUGAAUGAGGGAAGCAGGAGCAACUGGAGGGAACCCAUGGAUACACGGAGACACUGUGCCACCGUGCAGCCCUUACCUUUUUAGAAAGAACUACUACUACUAUUUAAAUAUUUAACUAAUAAUAACUAAUACAAAUGAGCAAAUACAAACUAUUGUAUUACAAAUACAAAGCUGUUUGUUUCUUCAACAUCUCCCUCUGUUUUUGUCUUGGUCCUUGUUGAGUCCACCGUCUCACAGCUUGUUUCUUUCUUCAGGACCCAUGGUAUAAAUUCUGGCUCAAUCGUUCUCUUUAUUGGCCCCAAAUUGUACGUCCAAUUUCCAAAGGUGAUCGCAUCAUUUUCAUAAUAGUCCUCUUCCCAUCCAGAAGUCUUUUUAACACGUUUACGCUUGGAUGAGCGUUUCUUCUUUGAUAUAUAGGGCCGGUCAAUCAUUGGAGAUGAUUCACUGGUCAUCAGCGGCGAAUCAUCUUGCACUUCAUUGGAAAAAGUCUCAUUAACGGGGUUGUCCAACCAGGCCUGGAAAGGGACCAUUUUCGUCUUUUUGGCUAUUGAGAAAUGAUAACGCCCAAUAUAGUUUCUCAAUAUCGUUUCUCUGGAGGUGUGGACUCUGUUGAAGCUUUCAGCUUUACAUAGGCCAACCUUGUGGAGGCUAUGAAGCUAACUGCCAGUGCUGUACACAACCAUCCUCCCCAUUCCAAAGGGAGAAGUGCAGAGCUGGACCAGCCAUGGAAACGUGGCCAACACACGGACUGAACGGCUUCACACUUCCUCCGUUACCAUUGCUGAAACUACAGGCGGACAGAUGCUGUCGUUCACAACUUCUCCAUCUGUUUUCUGAUUGGCCCAGUUAAAAUUCUGCUGGAGAAAGUCCAUAGUAGAAUCACUGUAUUUUAUAAGUGCAUGAAGAAGGGAGAGUUGUACGGACAUAUUAAACCUGGGCCAGGAGCGGGGCGGUGGGGGAGAUGAUGUGUUCACGUACACCUCAGAAAGUAUGUAGUUGCGCUCCUGGUAACUGGGUAGAACAUGUACAGCAGGUGGUGGUGUUUUCUCCCUGCUUGGUGAGUUAGCAGCCAGAGAGGAAGGAGGAUGAGGAAGUGGUUGGAUCAGAGGACUGGACAUGACGAUGAUGAUGAUGUCGCCGCCUGCUGUGAUGCACCAGCAGCUUUUUGGAGAGCGCUAGCCGGACCCCCAGACUCCGGUCAUUCCUGACAAUGAGAUGGGUAACUGCUGGGCUUACUGCGUGGGGCUCUUCAGGAGGGAAGCCAACAGGAUCCAGAGAGGAGGCGGGGCAAAGUACUUCCGAAGUUCUACUACCGGAGAGCAUUACACAAUAGAGUUUGAAAAUCUGGUAGAAAGUGACGAGGCUGAGAGCCCAAAGCCCUGUCCGAGGCCCAUCAGUGAAGAUGAGCUCAGUCACCUCAGAGAACACCGCUACGCUGCUAUCUCCGACAAACAAGUCCUCAUCGACCAAAAGCUGCGAGUCGAGUUAGAGGCACAGGAGGAGAAGUUAAGGCUAGAAGAGGAGGCUAGAAAUGCUGCCCAGCGCGAGGCCGCCAGGGUGGCUCGUGAACGAAAAAUGAAGGAGCUGCACGCUCAGAGGACGCGGGGGAAAGCAGACGGCUCGGGCGGCGAAACGCAGCAGAGAAAACAAACCUCUGGGGAGGAUUUCGACGGCUACCUCCAGAACGUGAAAGCCCAGUCGGAUGCUUUCAGGAGCAACAGACUUCCCUCUGAAGCAAACGCAGUGACGCCCAACACGGAGUACAGCUGGGAUUUCACCACUAAGACCCGCUCCACCAACGACGACGGGACAUCGCUUGAUUUAGAGUGGGAGGAUGAGGAAGGAAUCAACCGCGCUCUGCCGGCCUGGGAGCGGUCUCGGACCGAGGAGGACAUCUUGCGGGCGGCCCUGCGGCCCGGCAGCAAACAGGUGACCAGUGGGCCCACCUCGGCCUCCGAGGACUCCAACGCUCUGGAGUGGGAGAACGAUUUUGUGAGUACCCACCCGGAGGACGGUGGCGACGCCGAAUUCGAAGGGUUCGUCAACCCCGUCCUGGACACCCCCUCAGAGGACGCCUCGGACUCUGGCCUCAGGGCAGAGAACCAGGACAGAUAGUGUCCGGCACCAAAGGAGACCUCACCAGCUUUUUGCCUCAUGAAUCCGAAAUGUCACUUCGUCGUAAUCCGUAAAGGAUCUCUGAUGCUGGAGAAAUUUGGUAAUGGAUCCAACACAGCAAAGUCUAAAGACAAUUUUUUUUUUCUCAACAUGUUUUCAGUGCCUUCAUCUGCUACAAUAUCUGACCAUUGAGCAUUGUAACUGUCCUUCCUUUUACCGUUUUAAACGUUGCUCAGAAAGUGCUGCUUUCUUUUUUUCUUUUUUUCUUUUUUAUUGAUGAUGAUCAGUGCUUGAGUGACCGAACUGAAACCAGAUUGUUGGCAGGAAACUUUAACAUGACCGGUAACUGUAAAACCAAACAGAUGCGUUAGGAGAACAAGGUGUUGGUUUAGUCAACAGAAAGACAAAGUGUCACUUUUACAUCCCAGUGUCUGAAGACCAAAUGCAGCUCUGAGUCCAGCAAUUUUUUUUUAUUAUGUAUACAAAGGGAAUAUCCAGAAGUCAAAAUUUUACCCUCUCAAUUUGAUCCAACACAGUAAAACAAAAACUGCAGUUUCUGUUCUAGCGAAACAGUUUAAAUCAGAUUCAUACUGAAAGUGUCAGACUAAAUCUUUCUGGAUUUAGAUAAGUGCAGAAUACCAGAAUUACUUACAAAAAAUUCCUCCAAAAUGUCAAAAAUUAAGAGAUAACUUUCCUUGGCUUUUAAUAAACUUUCCUUUUAUGAAACUGUAUGACUCGGGUCAAACCUUUCGUGGCCGUUUCCACAAAAUUCCCACAAUAGUUUUACUGGAAUUCUGGCACCAUUCCUCCUGACAGAACUGGUUGCCAUGCCAACACAUUGACUGUGUUGUCCUUAAGCCGUUUUGUUACCAAUUUGGCAGAAAAUUUCAUUAAAGUUACAGUUGCAGUUUUACUAGUGCAAAUAGAACUCCCCAUAAAUUAUUGUAAAAAAACAAAACUCAAGUUAAAUGAGACUGAAAAUUUAAAAUUGGAUAACUCAUUUCCGCUUUAACUCUCCCUUCUCUGAUGACGUUGCUUCAGCAUUUCCACAUGAAUGUUCUUUCCUCACACUUUACUAUCCGUUUUGUAAAGCGCACCAGUCCCUCCUGCAACAAAAUUAAAAUCUCUCCCACACAUUUGACACAUUCUUAUAAACUUCCCGCUUUCCCCUCAAAUUAAAAUACUUGUACCGAUUUUCGUUUCACCCCCAGGACAUUGAAAACCUGAUCCGUUUGUUCCGGACUGCAUUUUGGGAGCUGUAAUCUGGGUGUUACGUUGCCUUUGUGAGUCGUGGCCUCUUCCACGUGGCUUUUCAGCCUCGUGUCGUUUGGCUGCGGACCGUGUCGCUCGGUCACCAGCUUCAGCCAGCAUCUUCAGAACGUGUGUUGCUUUCGCUGUGGAGUCGAAUCAACAGAUGUAAAAUCGCUGCGCUACAAGGAAGACUGUGUUUUACAUCCGACAAGGUACAAAAACCUACUCUGAGAAUAAAACGCCCUUGUUUUCACGUAGACUGUUUCGCUGCGAUACUCCCAGCACACAGUAAUUGCAUUCAGCCCCCAUUUGGAAGCAGCUCACCCGGUUCACAUCGGUUCACCCGUGGAACGAACUGGGGAAACGGUUUGGUAGCUUCACUUUCAUAAACACUUGGUGGAGAAAGGAUCCUCUGUCUCUAAAUGUCAGAGGUCCAACCUGCUAACUCUGAGCAGAGUUCCUGCCUGUGCUUUCCUUUCUCGCUGGGUGAAUGAGGCUGACCGCCGCGAUCGAUUUCAAGACGCAGAGCCAACAUUUGAAGGUUUGUUGUUGUUGUUGGGGAGCGGUGAUGUAAAACCGGAACCCAUUCCCUGUAGAAGCUCUACGAAAGGUUUUUGCCCUUUAGAUUUUUACCAGGCUCUUCAAAAUAUCUUGACUGACCGGACUGAUCCUGCUACAAUCCCAAAGAUUACCACAUAAUGUAAGCAACUGCAUUUAGUCACACUUUCAAAUGUAUUGGCAUUGAUUGAUUGAAAGGAGUAACGAAAAAAUAACAAUAUGGAUGGUUUUGAACUUCAUAAAUUGGAAUUUAUUGUGAUUCUUAUAGGAAACGUAUCGCGAUAAACAAUAAGCGAUACGAUAAACGCCCACACCUACUUUCAAAGUGGGUACGCCUCGAGGAUUUAACCUACAAAUGUUCGUGUGUCAGGGCAACCUGUGUGCAAAACAAUCUGAUUUCAGUGCCGUAUGAAAUCUUGUCAGUUGCAUGCAUACAUCUCUAGGAAACACAGGACGACGCCCACGUUACACUCAGCACUACAGAACAUGCUCUAAAAAGCUCUAAAAACUAAAUCAAAAAGUCAGCAAUUUCCAUAAAGACAUUUUUAGUUUAGUUUUUUUUUUCUUCUCGCUCUGUAUUCAGUCUUUUGACGCGUUCAGCAUCCGUGCAUGCUGCAUGAUAGCCAGCUCCAAUCAGACACGGUGUGCCGACGGUGCAUGCCUUCUUCACGAAGAGCAAUCUCUUCAUGACACUGACCUCUCAUCAGAAGGACAGUGCUCUGAAUGUUGGAACCGUCAAAUAUGAAAUUCUGUUAAUCUUAAAUGUUUUUCUUGCUGUUGUUCGGCAGUAUAUUCUGAAAAAUUUAGCAAAGCAAAGCAGGAUUCUAAAAACUAGCCUGUAUUAAGAUGAUGUCAAAAAUCCAAAGAGCAAUUCAUCAAUAUCUAAUGCCAAAGUGAAUUAGAAAAUCUACGUGGGAAGGCAAAGCAUUUUUUAGAGUGGUGAACAUCAAAACGGGACUUAAAACUUCCACUAAUCCCAUUCCUGUGACGUGUGGGCAGUAGAGGCGCACCGAUUCCGGUUUUUGGUUUUUUUUUCUGGCCAAUAGUUGAUCUUUAAAAAGCCGAUUUGAGCCGAUAUCAAUUGUUUUUAAAUUUUAAUUAAAAAAAUUAUUUUUUGUUUAGAAAGUUGCUAAAUAUAUAGCGAAAAAGUCAAUCUCCCACGUAUUGAGAUUUUGGUCACCCAAAAUUAAGGAAGUCUGAGUCCGGUUCAUUAGUGCACCCCUAGCUUACUGUAAUGCUGUCGGUGUGUCCAAGUCUGUUGUAAACAAGUUGGUCAGAAAACUGAUCAUAACUGUUUCUUAUAUUGUCACAAGAGGUUGUGUUUACUUUUCACUCUGAUCACUUUCUUUGGUUGUUUUAGAGGAUCUUGAAACCAACUCUCAUGUCGACUGGUGGGAGGGAGACAAUGAUCUGGGAAAUGUGUAGAAGACACAAAGGUUAAUUUUCAGAAUUUUUAUUUUUUCUUUAAAUCAGUGUAAUUUACUGCACCAUUUAAUAAUUUAAUUUUAGGUUUUGUUGUGAUUGUUGUUUGAACUUUAUUUCUUGUAUAAAUUGUGUAAAAAUAAAAAAGAAAAGAAAAGAUGUAUGAUUAAACAUUCCUUGUCAUGAUGAGUUGAAGAAAAUAAAUUCAU